ACUUUAAUUUAAGUUUCUUUAUUUCUGUUUGCCUGUGUGUUUCAUGCUCUUCUGACAUUUCUGUUUUGACUCACUGGUUGUAUUGCCGAACAGCUCCAGUUCAACAGUCAUGGUCAUUUUUUAUUUCAGCAGCGGGGUGGAGUAACACUCGGAUCAUCUCCUAGUGGGAUUUAUCAGACAAAUCAAGCCCAUUGAAUUUACGUCUGGAGAACAGGUGAAUCUUUUGGAAUGAAGUCCACAUUUUAUGUAUGAAGCCAUGUCAGUAUCGCUGUGACAGCAGGAAACCAGUGAUCGUGGCAACUGAACCGGUCUGUCAUGUGGAGCGAAAGUGAUACUUGAUUACACUUCUGUGAUUUGUCUUGUGUAGCCGCGGUUUUGUCUGGUUUAAAAGACCAGAUCAUUGCAGUGGUGGAAGACGUCUUUAUCUUCCAAGUGCACCGCUGUAACUGAAGCAGAACAUGGGAGAUGACACGAGUGGCGCACAGGACACCAAGGACGAUGGUCCACGUUCAGGAGCGAUUGAUAUGGAUGCAACGAACCAAACUGAGCGAAGAAGCAUCCCAAAUGGUGACAGCGACCCUGGGGUCAAAACGCAUUUAUACAAGAAGCGCUGGGCGAUUAUGUUCCUGUUCAGCGCAUACUCCUUGACGAACGCGUACCAAUGGAUCCAAUACGGGAUCAUCAGCAACAUCAUUAUGAAGUUCUACAAAGUCGAAGCCCUCGCUGCAGACUGGCUGUCCAUGGUAUUCAUGCUGACCUACAUUCCCUUCAUUUUCCCAGUCACUUGGCUCCUGGAUAAGAAAGGGCUGCGCGUAAUUGCGCUGGCUGCCAACGUGCUUAACUGCGCUGGGACAUGGAUCAAGGUAGCCAGUGCCAGACCCGACCUAUUCAUGGUGACCAUGCUCGGACAGUUUAUAAGUGCUCUGGCCCAAGUCUUCAUCCUUGGGAUGCCCUCGCGGCUGGCGUCGGUCUGGUUCGGCACGAAUGAGGUUUCCACCGCUUGCUCCAUUGGCGUUUUUGGGAAUCAGCUGGGUAUUGCCAUUGGGUUCCUGAUCCCACCCAUCCUUGUGCCUAAUUUGGAUGACGUGAAUGAGUUGGCGUACCACAUCAGAAUCAUGUUCUUCAUCAGCGCUGGAGUGACUACCUUCAUCUUCAUCCUUGUGGUCAUCAUGUUCAAGGAAAAACCAGAGAUUCCCCCCACUCUGGCCCAGGCUCAUGCCAGGAGCAUCCCCCCCAAUGAGUACUCCUAUAUGGCUUCUAUCUUGAGGCUGCUGCGCAACAAGCCCUUCAUGCUCCUGGUGGUCAGCUAUGGGCUGAACGUCGGCUGUUUCUAUGCUGUUUCCACACUGUUGAACCGGAUGAUCAUUACGCACUAUCCUGAUGAAGAGGUGAAUGCUGGGAGAAUUGGUCUGACCAUUGUCAUUGCUGGCAUGGUGGGGUCCCUGAUAUGUGGCCUUUGGCUGGACAAGACCAAGACCUACAAACAGACCACCCUGGUCGUGUAUCUCCUCUCCCUGAUUGGGAUGCUGGUCUAUGCCUUCACCCUCAGCUUGGGUCACCUGUGGGUGGUGUUUGUCACAGCUGGAGUUUUAGGCUUUUUCAUGACAGGAUAUCUACCUCUGGGCUUUGAGUUUGGAGUAGAGCUCACUUAUCCAGAAUCAGAGGGAACCUCAUCUGGACUGCUCAACUGUUCAGCUCAGAUCUUUGGAAUCAUCUUCACCCUCGGCCAAGGAAGGAUUAUUGAUAAAUGGGGCACUUUAGCAGGAAACUUAUUCCUAAGUGCAUUUCUGCUCAUUGGAACAGUAAUGACAGCAUGCAUCAAGUCUGAGCUCCGACGGCAGCAGGCCAACCUACAAUCCAAGGUGCAGCCAGUGAAUGCUCAAUGUCAGUGCUGGGCUACAACACAGGUAGCAGGCAGUAUUAGUUGGGAGUGCAGCGCCUGGUGGAGGCAGACUGGUGAUGGUAGUAGUAGUGGUGGUGGUGGUGGUGGUGGCGGUGGACACAGUGGAGCUUGAAGUGACCCCUCAGGCCCCUCAGAGGUGUGACACCCAAGCUAUCGUGACAGCCUACAGACUCCGUGUCAUCAGUGCAAGAAUACGGUGCCACAGCAUGCAGCGGCCCCUGCAAACAGCAGUCUUGACAUAAACCCCAAACCUCACUAAAACCAAAACACAAGCCUUCCAAGGUAGGGGCACACACUUUGUGAAGCUACAAAACUAGUAAUACUAUACCCAACACACUCACACAGCAAGCAAGAGAAACAUUUCACAUACGCACAGACAGGAAUUUCCCCAUUGCGGGAUCAAUAAAGUCCUACAUACCUACUGUCAUUGUAAAACUGUCACUGAAACUGAGCAGAACUUGAGGCAGUACAUCCUAUUCUUAUAAAGAAUCAGCUCGUAAAAUAAACUAUGGACUAAAUCAUCCUGGGAUUUCAACCUCAUGUAAAACAUUUUGUGAAGAUAAAAUGAAUUGGUUUGAUGCAAAAGGUGAAUGAGACUUUUCAGUAGUGAAUGGAAUAAUUUUAGUUUUCUGGUUUUGCUGUAGCUCUGAAUGCGGAUGAGUUUUAAAAUUUGUGUUUUGAUUUACAAAAACCUAUAACUAUGUCAAGUCACUUGUUGGACAAUGUAAUUACUAUUGCUCUAUUUACUA